AUGAGGAGGAACUAUAAAUUAAAUGUAUAUAUUUAUUCAUGUAUUUUUUUUUUUUUCGUUUGUUUUUCAGGUUCCCAUGAACGAGAUGGAUUUCAACAUCCUGUGGAUGGGGAACCACCCGAAGCCAGACAUUCUACGGAAUUUAAUGCCUCACCAGAAAGUGAACCAUUUCCCAAGAUCGUACGAGAUAACCCGCAAGGAUCGACUGUACAAAAACAUCGAGGCGAUGCAACGCAGCAAGGGCCUACGAAAUUUGGACUUCAUACCGCAAACGUUCCUGUUGCCCAGCGAGUCCAGGGAAUUACUCACGGCGCAUUUCAGGUACCGCGGGCCCUGGAUUGUCAAGCCGAAAGCCAGCUCCCGCGGACGUGGCAUUUAUAUUGUUAACAGUCCUGAAAAGAUUCUUACGGACGAAUCUGUGAUCGUUGCACAGUACAUAAAUAAUCCGCUUCUGGUCGACGGGCAUAAAUGCGACUUACGGCUGUACGUGGCCGUGACGAAUUACGAUCCGCUGUUGAUCUACCUGUAUGAGGAGGGAUUAGUGAGAUUCGCCACGGUGAAGUACGACGGUGGCAACCAGUACAUCUGGAACCCGUGCAUGCACUUGUGCAAUUACAGCAUCAACAAAUUCCACGUGGAUUACAUAAAGAGCGAAGAUCCAGACGCUGAGGAUGUGGGCCACAAGUGGACUUUGUCAGCGUUGCUUAGACAUUUACGUUCGAUGGGCCAGGACACGGAAUUGUUGAUGCAACGUAUAGAGGAUAUCAUCAUAAAGUCGAUUCUUGCAACUGCCUCUGGGAUUGUCAGCGGAAUCAAGCAAUUUGUGAAAUAUCCGGAAGCAUGUUUCGAACUAUUUGGAUUUGAUAUUUUAAUCGACGACACGUUGAAACCAUGGCUGCUAGAAGUGAAUUUAACACCAUCGUUGGGUUGCGAUUCACCGCUCGAUGUUAGAUUGAAAUCGGCACUGAUAGCCGAUUUGCUUACUCUGGUUGGUAUACCGGCGAUCGAUCCAAUGUUACGACCCCAAACUACACACCUGAACCGAUCCACAGUAACUUCCACCAAAAGAAUAGUCAACUGUAGGAGAGUACAUUCGGCCGAAACAUUGUCACAAAGGAAAAAAAACGCUAAUAAAGGCAACAUCAAUAAAUCAGGAUUGACGAGCGAACAGCAACGAAUAGUAGGAUCAGCGAAAGCUCAAUUCGAACGACGAGGAGGAUUCGUCCGUAUAUUCCCAAGUCCAAAGUCGUGGGAAAUGUACUCGCAGUAUUUAGAUCCAACCACGGGAAUACCAAUAGUCUCGGAUCCUCUAGGACCAGGCAGAGUUCCACACCAGAUCAAUACGAAUCACAAUUUAAUGCUGCACGAGCAAUUAUUUCCCGCAGCUAGUCGUACCACUGACUUCAUCAUUCCCGAGGUCACGUUGGAUAGAUUGUCUAGGUACGAGAGAUAUGAGAGAGCUUUAGUGAAAGGGCACAAGCAAAGUUUAGACCGCGGUAGUAGUAAAGAGAAUAUGGAUACGGAUAAGCAUAAGUACAAGAGCCAAGUGGUGCAAUCAAUGCACGAAGGAAAUAAACUUAGCCCUGGAGAAGCUAGGAAGGCCUUCGGUUUAUAUUUAGGACAUGUAUUGCGUAAAAUAUCGCAGCCUAGAGCGGAUCCAGCAUGCUGUGAUCUUGUGAUGAAAUUUCUUCAACAAUCAGCUAGUAAUUUAAGGACACCAUUCUUUUUUACGUUACCAAGUAGUAAGUUGAGCGAUAAAGAUCGUGCCGCCGUCACGGCUAAACAACUCUCGGACUUUUUACAUUUAUACAAUCGAGAAACAGAUCUUUACGCCGAUACAGUUGACCGUCCACGUACUGUCCCGAACCGGCUUUUUCAAAAAUUUUUAGCCACGGCAAGCGAACAAGAUCUCGAUGACAUACUAAUCCUACAGACGAGGCUAUAUAAAUGCGCUCACAGUUUUUUGGGAAGAAGUGGUUUCGCCGGCAGUCUACCUGGUCCUAAUUUACUGGGUUCUUUGCCCCACAUUACGUCUCGCGUGUAUUCUAACGCCGCAACCAGCGAACAAUGCAAAUGUAAUCAGUCAUCAAUUACUAGGCCUAUAAAAGCUGCGCGUACUUAGUUGUAUAAUGUGUGAAUAUUUGUUAUAGAUAUGUUUGCUCGUUUAAAGUACUAUGUACGGCUGCUCUAGGA